AUCAAUUAGAAGGUAAAUCGCUAGAGAUGGAGAAUGGAACAUAUCAUGGAAGUAAUGACGAAGAAGAUGUUACUGGACCUUCUGUAGAAGAUAUUACAAAUGAUGAUAACAAUUCUUUUCAUAACAUAGCUAAUCAAAGUGAUGUUUUAAAUAGAGAAGAUGCUAUUGCUUCUGAAACUCAGGUUGAAAGUGAACCUGAGGAUUCAAAUAGGGUAAUAACUACAGAAGUUCCAAGUACUACUGUAACAACCACUGAUGAAAAACUAUCUGAACAAGUAGAAGAGAAAGAAGCUGAAGAAAUUAAAGAACCUGUUGAAUCAAGGGUUAUUCGAGAAACAAUGGAAAAUUCUGCGAAUUUAGAUUCCCCUGCUCAUGAAGAAGAUGUUGAAAAAGAAACAUUGGAACCUGAGAAGAAUGAAUUAUAUAAUGAUACAUCUAGAGGAAAUAUCAGUGAAAAGGAUUUAAACGAUAUUCAGUCGUUAAGAACUGAAACGGAUAGUACAGUAUUAGAUGAUUCUAGUGAAAAUGGAGAAAGAACAGAAGAUAGCGAAAGUGAAGUUGGAAUAUUACGAAAACAUAAUUUUAGCACAGAACAAAAUGAAGAAAAAGAUUUUGACCCAGUUGAGAGUGAUUUAGAAAAAGAAGAAAUUAAAAAUUUACUUAAUCUAGAAAAAGAAGAGGAUGCCGAUGUAGAAAUAAUCGAUAGAACACAUGAUAGUAUGAGUGAUGGAGAUAAUGGUGAUUCGAAUAACAAUAAUCUAUCAAGUGAAGAAAAAAUUGAACAGUAUAAAAAUAGAGAUGUUUCGAAAGAAAGAGAAGAAAUAUUGAACAUGUCAAAAACAAAUAUAUGUUCUAAUGAACAUUCAUUAAAAUAUUGUCAAUUUAUGGAAAGAAAUAAGGAUUUAUUAGAAACAUGUUCUUUAGAAAAUAGGUUACAUUUAUGUUGUGCAAUAUCAGAUUAUUGUUUAAAAUAUUUCAAUCCUAAUUCCCUUGAAUACUUUAAUUGUACACAAAAUGAAUUUGAUGACCCUACAUAUAAUUGUUUUAGAAAACAAAGAUUUACAA